AUGGUCUUGUUUUUGUUCUCGGCCUACUUCAAAAAAUAUCCUAUCGUUAUGGUUGCUCUAAGCCGAUUUGACGUUUAUUCAGGCCUCAUUAUUGAGUGGAUAUCUUCAUUCUUGCGCCUUGCAACUUCUUUUGCUUAUUUUUCCGGGCAUUUUUUAACCGUACAACAGCGGCGAGGCUGGUUCGUUUGGCCUUUUAGCGGUAACCCUUGGUGGACUUCGUUAGUCGCCAUUGGACCAGCUCUUCUGGCUGUCAUUCUUAUUUUCAUGGAUCAGCAGAUCACGGCUGUCAUCGUCAACCGGCGGGAGAACAAGCUUGAGGCAAGCACUUCCUUUUUAUUUCAACGUUUACCAUAA